UGGGACAUCUCCUCGCGCCCAUCGCUGUCGCCCUCCCGCGAGUCCGCAUCCCCCUCGCGGCACCGCGCGUCCCCUGGCCAUUCCAUUAUGGGGCCACCUGCGCGACGCUCCGAUCAGCGCGCUCUAACGGCUCUCGCGCGCGUCGCGGCGCUAGUGGCGGCGAUGUUGCUGUGGGGCGGCUCCGCGGGUGAAAAGGUUGGGAACGGGGCUUCAACUAGAGCGACGACGGGCCAGUCAGUGCCCGUACCGCAAAGAUAUGGAUUCCGUGAGGCGCGGGAUCGCACUGGAUGGACGGUGGGCGGAGAAGACGAGGUGUGGAAGGGGGGAGGGGCUGAAACAGAGGGUGGCGUGAGGGCGGGGAAGAGAGGGAUUAGAAUGAGCCAUGGCGCGGUUGGGGGCGUCCGGGACGGGGCUGGCAGUGACGACUCGGGCGGGUGGGUGGCUGGGCGGCAGUCGCAGCAGGCGGCGCAUGAUGGCGUGCCAAGGGGAAACUGGUCAGAGGGGCGGGAGGAGCGGGAGGGGGAGGGGGAAUGGGAAGCCUGGGGUCCGGCGAUGGCGCGCAAUACAGAGGCUGUGAGUGGAGCGGAGGAGGAUGGAGGCAUGGGCUUGCCUCAGCGCAUCGUGUCGCUGCUGCUUCAAGGCACGGGGGCGAGCAGCAGCAGCAGCAGCAGCGAGGGGGGCCACUCGCCUCACAGGGGGCCUACUGGCAGCGACGGGCGGGGAAGAGACGUGCGCAGCCAAGGGCAGGGGAGGCGAGGGGGGAGAAGCCAAGGUGGGGGGAGCCAUAGGAUGGCUGGGCGACGCCGGCUGUUGGACGGGGAUGGCAGUGAGGGGGGGAAUGGCAGCCAUGACGUCAGCACUGGUGGUGGUGACGCUGGGGGCAGCAGAGAUGGUAAUCCCGAGGCAUCUGGGAGCAGCCUUGAGCAAGGGGGCAUGGGCGGCCAUGGGGGCAUGGGCGGGCAUGGGGGCAUGGGGGGCCGUGGAAUGUGGGCGGAUGGGUUCAGACGGCAUGUGCGGCGGGCGGGAGACAACUGCUGGAGCCAGUGGGAGAUGCGCAUGUAUGUCACGCGCCCCGACCGCCAACUGCCGCCAUCGCUGGCGUUGAGGCGGCGCCUGUCGGAGUACCGCCGCAUGCACCGCCGCUGCACGCAGGUCGCCGACUGGCACGCCUUCUACCGCCACCCGUCGGCGGGGUGGAGGGACGGCAUGCAGGCGCUGGGGGACUGCAAGUACCUCUUGUACCUGCCGCCCAGCCGCCAUGGGGUGGGCAACCGCAUAAUGGCGCUGAUGUCAGCAUUCUCGUACGCGCUGCUGACGAACCGCACGCUGCUCAUCUCCCCGGACUCCUUCAUCCACCGCUUCUUCUGCGAACCUUUCGCCGGCUCCUCCUGGACCAUCCCCCUCGAUGCCUUCAACGCCAUCUCCGGGUCGGUGCACGGGUCGAUCGCUCGCAACCGUGGGCUCGUGAACGGAUGGGACGGGCAUGACGUCAGCAUGCACAUGUCAUGGGAUACCAAGGCGGACGCGUGGGGCAUGUUCUGUGAGGCGGAACAGCGCGAGAUGGCGGGGGCGCGCUUCGCCACGCUGUACACCGACUACUUCCUCGUGCCGCACUUCUACAUGGUGCCCAUGCUGCAGGUCCAGCUGGACCACCUCUUCCCUGACCGCCGCGUCUUCACCCACCUCUCGCGGUACCUGCUGCACCCAGCCAACUACCUGUGGGACCGCAUCACGCGCCUUUUCCACGGCCACCUCGCGCACCACGCCCUCACGGUCGGCCUGCAGAUCCGGGCAUUCGAGGAGACGCCGGAGGAUCUCAUGGGGAACGUCUUUGAGUGCGCCACCAACAUCGCCAGGGUGCUGCCGCCUGUCAUGCCCACCUACCAGUGGCGCGACAGUGCCGCCUCGGUGUCAGACGAGGCGCUGCUGGGCAUGAGGGGGCGGUCCAUCGGCGCGCUGGUGGCGUCGCUCAACCCCUCCCAUGCCGCCAAGCUAAGGGACCGCUACAUGCUGGGCAAGCCGCUGGACGGCAGCUCCGUCUCCGUGCUCAGUUUAAGUGGGGAGGGCGAGGAGAAGAAGGAGGAUCUGUUGCACUACGAGCUUGCCCUCACCGAGAUGUGGCUCCUCGCCUUCUGUGACGUGCUGUUGGUGACGGACACGUCCACGUUUGGGUACGUGGCGGCGGGGCUGGCGGGCGUGACGCCGUUCACCAUGAACGUGGCCAAGUGGAAGCACACUGACUGGCGCUCCAACGCCCGCCCCGCCUGCAUGCUCGGCUCCUCCGAGCCCUGCUACGUGCACCAAGUGGAGGAGAGCGUGCAGUGCCCCGGCGAGCCGGAGAAGCGCCCCUUGGAGAACGUGCCGCACAUCCGCGGGUGCCACGCCACAGGCGUGGGGCUCACCACCAACCUGCCGCCCCUGCUGCCGGACGCCUCGCAGGCUGGCGCGGCAGCUGAGUACAGACAGCUUACCGACAGCCCUGCACAUGCUGCUGGGGCUGGGGUCGCUGGUGGUGGAGGCUCAGCGAGAGCAGAGGGUUUUGGGCAGUUGCAAACAACAGAGGGGGGAGGGCAAGAGGGGCCUGGCGGGGGUGAGCAGCAGGGAGGGGGGCACGGAGCAGGUGGUGCGCCUGAUGGUGACCCCUAUUUCCUGGCCGAGGAGCAGGUGUGAGGGGCCACUGACUCCGCCUGUGCCGCAUAAAACCUGCAAUGCAUGCCACGCCUAUUUGGAGCAUUGUAAAGUGCAAGGUUAAUGGGACCAUUGCACGCUGAGCUACCGCAUCCCCUGGCUACAGAUUCCUGUCGCGAGGCGCUCGCGACGUACCGUGAUGCAACGGUGUGGUGCAGCCGUGGCGUGGGGCUCAGAACUACAACCACCAGUUCAACAUGAACCAUGUUCUAUUCAGUGCAGUACAGAGCUGGUUCCUCUUCAGCAGGGUCCUUGACAUCAGACAAAAUCCGUCUGUUUGUCUGAUUUUCAUACCCGUAUUCCCCCGUAUAAAGCACCCUAGGGUGGUAACCAAAAUGCCUCUAAAUUUUGAGGGUGUAAUUAGAGGCUAAUUUUGUGUAACGCCUGGGUGUUGUGGAACAUGCAUAUGUGAUAUUGUCUUUCCUAAACAAAGUGCACUGUCGUAC